AAUAAGGUGUACGGAGUCGACGUUGGUGCUGAGACUGCCGAUUUUUAAUAUAAUAUUCCCGACCCAAAUGAUUCUUAUAUAUUUGUUCUUCUCACGGACGAUGAAUCUGUAUGGAGACCUCCAUCUCAUAAUUUCCAAUCCAAACUAAAUCACACAUCCAAACACAAUUAUACGAUUUCACGAGACUAAUGAAGCCACCGCCGUACUCCUCCUCCGCCGCCGUCUUCCGCAAGGCUAGACUCUCUCCCUACCUCUUCACCCUCCUCUCCUUCGUCCUCUUCGUCUCCGUCCUCUACGGCGCGGACCUCACCUGCAUUUUCGGCCACCGUCAACUCACCACCAGCUCCGACCCACUCGUUAUCAAAACCAAGAGGGAGAAGCUGCCGUUCGCCGUCGGCAAGACCGACGAAGGGUGCGACGUGUUCAGCGGGAGGUGGGUUUUUGACGAGUCGACUCGGCCGCUUUACGAGGAAUCGGAGUGCCCGUACAUUCAGCCGCAGCUGACCUGCCAAGAACACGGGCGGCCCGACAAGGACUACCAGAAAUGGCGGUGGCAGCCCCACGGCUGCGAUCUUCCCAGCUUCAAUGCCACAUUGAUGCUCGAGACGAUACGAGGGAAGCGGAUGAUGUUCGUUGGAGAUUCUCUGAACCGGGGUCAGUAUGUUUCCAUGAUUUGUCUUCUCCACAAGCUCAUCCCGGAUGAUGCCAAAUCCAUGGAGACCUUCGACUCAGACUCGCGAACUGUUUUCACAGCCAAGACAUACAAUGCCACAAUCGAGUUCUAUUGGGCGCCGUUUCUGCUUGAAUCAAACUCGGAUAAUGCUAUCGUCCAUAGGAUAUCUGACAGGAUUGUAAGGAAAGGGUCCAUCAAUAAGCACGGCAAACAUUGGAAGGGCGUUGAUUUAUUGGUGUUCAAUACUUAUCUGUGGUGGAUGACCGGCGUGGAAUUUAAAAUAAUACUAGGUUCCUUCAAUGAUGAGGUGAAAGAUAUUGUGAAGCUGCCAACGACAGAGGCUUAUCGUAUGGCGAUGAAAACUAUGUUAAGAUGGGUGCGGAAGAACAUGGACCCCAAGAAGACAAGGGUCUUUUUCACUAGCAUGUCACCUUCUCAUGGAAAUGGUAUAGAAUGGGGAGGUGAACCAGGAGGUAACUGUUACAACCAGACUACUUUGAUUGAGGAUCCAAACUACUGGGGUUCAGAUUCCCGGAAAAACAUAAUGGAGGUAAUUGGAGAUGUAUUUAGUAAAUCGAAGGUGCCCAUUUCUUUUCUCAACAUCACGCAACUCUCAAACUAUCGCAAGGACGCCCACACAUCAAUCUACAAGAAGCAGUGGUCCCCUCUGACUCCCGAGCAAAUAGCCAACCCUGUUAGCUAUGCCGAUUGCGUGCAUUGGUGUUUGCCUGGCCUUCAAGAUACUUGGAACGAGCUUCUGUUCGCCAAACUUUUCUAUCCUUGAUCAUGGUCCAAAGUGGUGAGUUCUCAUCCUCUGCCCUUUCAAGAUGGUCAUUGCAUGGUGAGAUCUAGCUGGUGGCAAGGAAUAAGUGUAAAUUAGUUAUCCAUGAAAAAUUUGGCAUGGAAGAUAGAUAGAUUGAAUCCUGCUUUGAAGUUGAAAUGUGAAAAAUGAAAAUUUUGUUAUGAAAUUUGAGGUUUGUGAAGGAGAAUACUUGAGUAUAGUAAUUAAUUAAAAGUGUUGAUGCACAAAA